AUCAAUAUUCACAAAAAAAAAGACCUUAGGAGUUUGCAAAACAAAACUUAAGAGUUAAAGAAACCUUAUCUCCAGAAUUCAAGAAGGUUAGGAAGACACAUUUUCGCGAAGCAGUAAUGGCAAGCCAGGAGGAACGGAAACCGUCCAGUGGGCAAGCAAGCCAAUCUCCUGCGGUGGUGUCCGAGGUGGAGCUGGUGUCUUCGGGACAGGACGAUAGGAACUGGCGUGGGAUCGGAAUCGCCCUUUUAGUGAUCAUCCUCGUUUCUGCUCUCAUCGUGACGGCUGUUUUUCUACUUAGUCCAGUUUACGAAGGGUCCCGAGUGAAAGGUCCACGACUUAACUUAAUAGAAGUUUUAGAUGGGAGUUUGACCCCCAGAAAGUUUAAUGGCACGUGGAUAUCUGAAAAAGAAUUUAUUUUCCGAGAUUCUGAUGGACAUCUCCUUUUAUACAAUGCAGAAACUGUAAAUAAGACACUACUCAUGUCAAACACAACUUUUAGACUUUACGAUGUCCACACCUAUAGUUUAUCGGCUGACAGAAAAUAUGUUUUAUUUGCUUAUGCCAUUAGAAAGAGAUUUAGGUAUUCGUAUACAGCGAAAUACAAGUAUUUUGACAUCCAAAACUAUCAAACUUCACCAUUGUUACCCAGCGAAGAAGAAGUAGAACUACAGUAUGUCUCUUGGGGACCUACUGGCAGUCAACUGGUUUAUGUACGAAACAACGACAUAUAUUACAUGGCAUACGUAGGAGAUAUUCCUCCAAAACGUAUAACUAGAAGCGGAGUAGACAAAGUGAUUUUUAAUGGCAUUCCAGACUGGGUUUAUGAAGAAGAAAUACUAGGCAAACUUAACCCCAUCUGGUGGUCAGAAGAUGGUACAAGAUUGUGUUUCGCCUCUUUUGAUGACAGUGGUGUGCCGGAAGUGCGUUAUCCCUGGUAUGGAGAUUACAUGGAAGAAAAUAACAUUUACCCGAGUCUGGUCAAUAUAAGAUAUCCAAAGCCUGGCACAGAAAAUCCAAUCGCCACCCUGUGGAUUGCUGACGUCACCUUUACGUCAAGUAUUCCCGCUCCAAGAAGGGUUCGUCCACCCAAGCAAAUACAAGAACGGUAAAA